AAAGAACCCGUCCACUUCCGGUACUACCGGAAGCAGCUUGAAAAUGGCGUCCUCCUCGGUGAGAGCUCCUGUCCCGGCGGCUGGAAAAGGUGAAUUUCCCAAUGAGAAGUCUAAGCCCGAGAACCGAGAUGAAGCAGAACUCCUCACUGUUCCUGAUGGUUGGAAGGAGCCGGUGUUCUCUAAAGAUGAUAAUCCCAGAGGACUCUUGGAAGAAAGCAGUUUUGCAACUUUGUUUCCAAAAUACAGAGAAGCUUAUCUGAAAGAAUGUUGGCCUUUGGUGCAGAAAGCCUUGAAUGAACAUCAUGUUAGUGCAACCCUGGAUUUGAUUGAGGGCAGCAUGACCGUUUGUACCACAAAGAAGACUUUUGAUCCAUACAUCAUCAUUAGAGCCAGAGACCUAAUAAAGCUGUUAGCAAGGAGUGUUGCAUUUGAACAGGCAGUACGAAUUCUUCAGGAUGAUGUUGCCUGUGACAUUAUUAAAAUAGGCUCUUUAGUAAGGAAUAAGGAAAGGUUUGUAAAGAGAAGACAGCGGCUUAUUGGUCCCAAAGCAUCUACAUUGAAGGCAUUGGAACUCUUAACAAACUGUUACAUUAUGGUUCAGGGAAAUACUGUCUCAGCCAUUGGACCUUUUAAUGGCCUAAAGGAGGUUCGAAAAGUAGUCCUAGAUACCAUGAAGAAUAUUCAUCCCAUUUACAACAUUAAAACCUUAAUGAUUAAACGAGAGUUAGCAAAGGAUUCUGAAUUACGAACACAAAGUUGGGAAAGAUUUUUGCCACAGUUCAAACAUAAAAAUGUGAAUAAACGCAAGGAACCAAAGAAGAAAACUGUUAAGAAGGAGUAUACACCGUUCCCACCACCACAGCCAGAAAGUCAGAUUGAUAAAGAACUGGCUAGUGGUGAGUACUUUUUGAAGGCAAAUCAGAAGAAACGGCAGAAAAUGGAAGCAAUAAAGGCUAAACAGGCAGAAGCACUUAGUAAGAGACAAGAGGAAAGAAACAAAGCAUUUAUUCCACCUAAAGAAAAGCCACUUGUGAAACCUAAGGAAGCUUCUACUGAGAGUAAACUCGAUGUGGCUGCCAUCAAGGAGAAGGUCAAGAAAGCAAAGGGAAAGAAACUUGGAGCUCUCACCGCUGAAGAAGUGAAGCUGAAGAUGGAAGCAGAUGAGAAGAAAAAGAAGAGAAAAAAGUAACUCUGAGAAGCCUUCCUGAAGUGAAACUUAUAUCUCCUUUUGUAGAGGGUUGUGAGAAAGCCAGCCAUGAGAUGCCGUAUACGUGAGCAAUAACACUGGUCAUCUCUUUUCCCAAGUGUCUUCGGUUCGUAGAGCAGCACUCAUUAUAACUGAUCUUCAUGUGUCUUGACAAAGUGUGUGCUGGGACAUGCUAUAUGUAUGUCUUUGUGAACUAUUGUCUGUCUACCACAGCCAGCAUUUGACACCAAUGGAUAGUCUUUGUGUUCAUGCCCAGCAUGUGAAAAAACAUUGCAACAUUUUCAGUGCUUUCCUUCUUCCUAGAUGCAACAGCUCCUGAGCCUUUGGAAUCAAAUCCCGUUGUUGCUAUUCUGUUCUGUGUCUGGGGAAAUGGCAAUCCAGAAAGACAGCAAGUUGCAAAAGCGAUUGAAAACAUGGACAAUUGUGAUUUUCUUUUGGUUUUUCAAGGUAGGGUCUCACUCUGGUCCAGGCUGACAUGGAAUUAACUAUGUAGUCUCAGGGUGGCCUCGAACUCUCAGUGAUCCUCCCACCUCUCCUCCCAAGUGCUGGGAUUAAAGGCAUGCACCACCACACCUGGCGAUCUUCUGUUUUUUGAGGUCAUUUUGUUAUGUGGCUCUGGCUAACUGGAAUAUGAACCUAGUGCUUCCACCUUCAAGUACUGGGAUUAUAGGCAUGGAUGGACCACCAUGGCUAGCCUGAAUCAUGGUGCUUUGAACUGAUGACUGCUACUUGAAUUACUCAGUACCACCUAGAUGUACGUACCUCACUCAUCUUACAGAUUUGGAAACUAAAGCAUACAGAAAAGGUUACUUAGUGAGAGUCCAGCUAUGGAAGCUUAUAAACAAUAUUUGUUUAUAGAAAUGUGGAAAAUAAAGGGGGGUGGUUAACUUACAGAGUUAGGAAGCCAAGCAGUUCUUUUGACUAAAGCUUUAUUGCAACAUACAUUUUUCUGGAAUAUUUUAAAAUAGAAAUUAAAAAUAUCCCCAGUUGUAACAAUCUAUGGCUCCUGAGUAUUUACAAUCAUGGAAGUUGUUAAUAAAAAAAGUAAUUAAAAAAUAAUGAGACAGGAAGGUGAUGCCAUUAAGAUAUUAGGGGAAGGCCUCUGGGAAGAAACCAACUCAUGCGAUUUGAGCCCUCAUGCCUGGGAUUAGCACCCUACUAAAAGAGACCCCAGGGAGGUCUAGCCAAGCUGCCAUCAUGUGAGAGUACAAGUCAGUGACUAGGAAGAGUUCUCACCAGCACCAGAGCAUGUUGGGUGGCCUUACUGGUAGAUGUCUAGCUUUGAAAACUAUGAGAAAUAAAAGUUGUUAAGCCAAAAGAAACCCCCAAAAUCGCUAGUUUUAUUUAUUUAAAAAGCCAAAUAUGUUUAAAUUGUUCCUUUCCCUAUUGUCUUAGUCCAAAAGAACUAAAUUAGGAUAUUUGUCCUUAGGCAUCAGGGUAAUUAUAACAGACAGCAAUAGAAAUACUGAUUUAACAGUGAGAAUGAAUGAUGUGUAUCUGUUACUUGAAUAUAUGGGCCAUCCAGGAUAUACAGCAGAGUAGUAACCUAUGGAAUAAAAAUAGGGUGUCCUCUUAGAUACUGUUUCUUAACAUAAAUGCAAUAACAAUUCCCAUAAUGAUUAAUGAAAUAGAUUAAGAUUGAUGUACAUACAUGUGACAUUGUCUCAUGGGUUAACUAUAAAGUCCGAAUUUAAAAGUUAGGUAGAAGGGAAGCUCAUUUUACAAAAAUACAUAUAUAUUAUAGCUAUAUGCUUAAUUUGUUUUAUUUUAGUUAUUUGCAAAAGUUGGUCAAGACCUGCUAAUAACUGUGUUAACUUGGAAUUUGUAAGAUUUUGUAUGAACUUAGUAUAUAAAUUUUAUAUAAAGGAAACUACCACUAUAAA